UAAUCAGUUGUGUCUUUCACUCAUCAAAUAGCUCAGACACGAAUCACUCCCUCUUCGGUUCUUUCUGAUCUGAAUCUUCUGUGCGCAAAGCUGCUUCUUCUUCUUCGUUCAGAUCUGCGUCUGCACCAAACUCUGUAACAAUGGCGGCACCGGACCACCUCUUCAACCUUCGCAACAACUUCUACCUUGGCGCAUACCAAGCCGCCAUCAACAGCAGCGACGGCUCAAACCUCUCACCGGACGACGUCGUCGAGAGGGACUCGCUGGUUCAUCGCUGCUACAUCGCACUCGGCCAGCUCCAGUUCGUCAUCUCCGAGAUCGACCAGAACGCCCCCACUCCUCUCCAAGCCGUCAAGCUCCUCGCCCUCUACUUCUCCGGCGCCUCACAAAAGGAAUCUGCGAUCUCGAGCCUCAAGGAGUGGCUGGCGGAUCCAGCAAUCGGGAACAACCCUACGCUGAGGUUGAUCGCAGGGACGAUUUUCUUGCACGAGCAGGACUUCAACGAGGCUCUUAAGUACACCAAUGCCGGAGGAACAAUGGAAUUGCAUGCAUUGAAUGUGCAGAUCUUUAUUAAGAUGCAUAGGUCUGAUUAUGCUGAGAGGCAGCUCAGGAUGAUGCAGCAGAUUGAUGAGGAUCACACCCUCACACAGCUUGCCAAUGCAUGGCUAGAUUUGGCUGUGGGUGGGUCAAAGAUCCAAGAGGCACAUCUCAUCUUCCAGGAUUUGUCUGAGAGGUAUCAGUCCACCAGUUUGCUCUUGAAUGGGAAGGCUGUUUGCUGCAUGCACAUGGGUAACUUUGACGAAGCUGAAACCCUUUUGGUUGAAGCACUGAACAAGGAUGCCAGGGAUCCAGAAACUCUAGCUAAUCUAGUUGUAUGCUGUCUUCACCUUGGCAAGCCAUCUUCUAAAUCAUUCAGUCAGCUGAAACUUUCACACCCGGACCAUGUACUGGUUAAACGAGUAACAACAGCCGAAGAAAGCUUUGAUAGAGCGCUGCAAUCAUUUUCUUGAUGAGUUAAUGAUUGAUUUCUUGAGAUUCGAAUGGUGUGUCGUCUUCCAGUGCAAUUGUUACACUUAAUCAUGGCUAUUGUAUUGGUUACAGAAUUUUAUUUUAUCGUACAAUGUGUUUCAUAUUAUUAGAACAUAAUUAGUUGGGAAAUGUCAUAGGAUCCAAAUUUGAUGACAAUGUUUUGUUUACUUGAGUCUUGAUGUGUAAAAGCUACAGCUCAUUAAUUUUGAAUCUACUUCAUUUUCGUCUUGUACA